AGCCAAUCCCGUUGCAUCUUUCUUCCACAUCUGUGCUUCGUUGGGCUUCAUUACGAUGGACUUCGUUAUGUUUUAUUUUUGUUAUGUACCUGGCCCAUAAGCCCAUAAGCUUGGCCAAACGGAGAACACCGUAUCGAGCCUCCACAAACCCUAGCCUUAUUUCUCUUGCGCAGACCGCAUCGUGCCUCGACGAACCUCGACGAACCCUAACUUCAUUCUCCCUUGCGCAGACAAAUAUCUCAUCCCUUUCGUCCUUCCCACUUCUUCCCUUUAUCGGUUUCGUCUGUUCAUUCACUCCUUCAUAAAAUCCUCAUUAACCUCCAUUAAUGGAUCCCUUUCGCAUCCCUCACUCUGAUUUCUUUUAUAACCCCGAUCAUUCCACCAGUUUGAUUCCCCGCAAAACUAUCUUCUCUCCCGAUGAAUUCCAACAGCAAAAACUCCGCAUCCGGCGAUCUUAUCUCCAAGAAACCUAACGGGAAGGACGCUGUCUCCUCCGCCGCACCGGUCAAACCCUCCGCCGCAUCGAUGAAACCCUCCGCCGCGGCGAUGAAAAUCUCCGCCGCACCGACGAUCCCCUCCGUCGCAUCGAUGAAACCUAUUGGCCAAUCCGGUGUCUCCGGUGAUUCCUCUUCGACAAAACGUAACGGCAAGGCCGUUGUCUGCUCCGAUGUCCCCUCCGACAACAGCGAUCGCGUCGUGUUCUUCAAAGAUGUGACGUUUGGACCACAAGAAGACGAGUUAAGAUUUCGUCUGAUCCAUUUUUGGGAGGCAAAACACGCAUUCUCGAAGAUACUUAUGGGUCUAGAGAUGCUUCUGGUCGACGCAGAGGGCACUGUGAUUCAGGGAUUCAUCCCACCAUCAAGGAUGGACACUUAUCUACGACACAUGAAGCCCGGUUCCACCUACAGACUUACCAAUUUUUUUGGUUCUAAGACCAAGAAGGUGUACCGGGUUGCUGAUCCAGACGUGACCAUUGCGUUCUCAUGGAAGUCUGUCCUCUCCGAUCUCACAGACACUUCGACUUGGUUUCCUGAAGACCGUUUUCGUUUCCAUGGUUAUGAACAGUUCGAAGCGGCCUGUGACCUCAAAGGGGAUCUGUAUGAUUUUAUUGGUCAUAUCAAAUUGGUGAAUGAGCAGGCUCUUAACGAGAGUUUUGUGCUUGAUGAAGUUGAGAUAGCUUCUGAUCGGCGAAUUUUGGUUCAUGUUCAGACACAUGAUGGUCCUGUGAUGAAGCUCUACAUAUGGGACAAGGUAGCAACAGCCUUUUGCGAGAAGUUUAUAUCGCUUGGAAAACCUCCGAGUGUUAUCAUGGUGACAACUGUGAAUCCUAAGCGAUUAGGAGGUGCUUUGUCUCUGUCAUCCCUAUCAUCUUCACGGGUUUUUUUUGAUACGGAUGUUCAUCAAACCAGGGAGUAUCUGGCUUGGUAUGUAUUCAUCUUUAUAUUUGCACCGUUUACGUUAAUCUACCGACUGUGUUGCUUAUUUUAUUUUUUGAACAUUUCUAGGCUUGAAUCAAACUCGGAAGUUGCUAAUAGAGUUAAUGCUGAGAUUGUCACCAAGGCUGAGACAGCUACAAUAGGUGAGCUACUCACUUACAUGAAGCAGGAAGGAGCGAAGGUUGCUUGGUUCGAGUGUACGGCCACCAUUGAUGAUGUUGUGCGUGGCUCAGCUUGGUACUACAUUGCUUGUGGUGGAUGCAAGACUAAAGCUACUAAAGGACCUACCACGCUUAUGUGUAGGAAGUGUGGAAAGACUGAGAUUACUGGUGCUGCAGAGUAUCUCAGCAAGCUAUCUGUCUAUGACAACAAUGAUCAUGCGAGCUUUGUACUUCUCGGUGACGCUGGGUUUGAGUUAACUGGGAAGAAAGCAUCUGUAUUGGUUGAGAGUUACUAUGAGGCUAAUGAGGGAUCAGGAGAUGAUCAUGUAGUCCCGGUGCCUCAAGUCCUUAUUGACACCAUCGGACAGAAACGCACGUUCGUUAUCAAGAUAUCAAAGCACAACUUGGAAGGCAAGACUCAAGCUUUGACUGUCACCAAGGUACUCCCUCUCGAGGUUCCAGCACUUGGAUACGAUUUAGCCGCCGACGUGGUUGUCUCUCCUACUGCAGAUGAGGGGGUGAAAAGAGGUGCUGAUAUGAUUGUGUCAGAUGAUGCUAAGCGUGCAAAAAGUGGCUGAUAUGUUUUGUGUACUUGGGUUGUGUUUGAAGAACGACUAUCUAUUUGUUCUUUUGCUUCUGGUUUUGUUUUUUCUUUGUUGAAAUAUUAUGAUUUGGUUUGUUUGCUUCAGUUUUUGUGUUGACAUUAUUUAUAUAUCGUAUUUUCUAUUUGGAUAAUUUUUGCUUCGUUGGUUCAUUUGUUUAUGUUGAGGUUUGACCUUUUUUAAGUUGCUAAAAUUUAUACAGUAUUUUUAUUUUUAGUAAUAAUUAUGUUGUUUAUUUUAAAAUAGUAAGGGACAAAUAAAAACUUGAAAAAAUUAUUUUACUUUUAUAUAUUUCUUCCAUAUAUAUUUAUAAAAUUAUCUCUUAUUUGUAUGUAAUAAAAAUUAGGGAACUGAGAUAAUUGAAUCUUUAUACAUGAUUUAUAGUAAACUUUAGAGUAGACUUUCUCUAUUAUAACAUAUAUGAUUUAAAAAAUAAGAAAGGUACAAAUUCUCUUAUUUAAUUAUUUGAUAUUAAAACUACGAAUACUACGUAAGUAAUCAUCAUUACACUAUGAUUAUUUGCCGAACACAAAAAAUAUUGGUGCCAGGGGUCGAACCAUGAAUAAUGAGCAUAUACAAAGGAUGCUCUACCACCGGGCUAAAUACACACUUCGGGAAUCUGAUCAAGACAAAAAAACAUUUACUUUACAGUUUUUUGGCAGGAACUCAAUUUAUUAAUUAGUGAUACUCUUUUUAAAAUAAGUUUCAUUAAAUAACGGAAAACAAUAUGUUCCUUUAGAAAAUAUUUAUAUAUGUUUAAUUAUAUAUAUAUAUAUAUAUAUAUAAUUGAAAGGACAUAGAGUACGUGUUAAUAGAGUCACCAGAUCAUUCUUGCGUCAUUAAUCAUGCGAAGGGAAAGGCAUCGGUUACUUAUCUUUUGUGUUUUUAUAUUUAUUGACGUGCUCCCCAAGAAAAAUUAGUCACAUAAUUGGCUAAAACCAAGUGCUUAAUUUUCUGGAUAUUUACUAAGGUUUAGGAAAUUUCUUAAUACAUAUUAAAUAUAAUGAUUUUUGUAUAAACCCGGGCAAAAUCUCUAGUUAUUUUAAAAAGGCAGUUUCAACUGCUAAUCGGUGAAACCACACACAAAAGAAAACACACGUCUUGUCUUCUCUGCGAGUCAAAGAACAGAGGACAACAUAUCCCUCAUACAUUCUGCAGGAUUCAUUCUGUUGAUUGCCAUAUAGAAUGUUAAAAACGUUUUUAACCUUAUUUUCACUAUUUACUAAAUUUAUGCUAUGUGUUUUUAUUUAUUCAAAUUCGUUAAGCUUAUCAGUAUAUGAGGAGGUGGAGAAGAUCACUCUUGCUCUUUCUAUCAAUAUCGACUCAACACUUUUCUUUCAAGAUGAAAAUGGUUUUUAAAAGUGCCAUUUUUCCACUUUCAAAGUGCCAUUUUGGUUUGAGAAGAAGAGGUUCACUGGGAUUCUCUCAAUUGAGAAUGGUUAAGAAACCAUUCUCAUUUUCAGCUCAACCUCUUGUCUUCUCCAAAGCAGAGAAACUCUGAUGAAGAAUCUACGGAAGAAGAAGAUGCUGAACUUGACGCGUGGGCAUAAAAAAAAUGGUUAGUUUUAAUCCUUCUCUAAACAGCAGCCGAGAUGAUAAGAGAAGAAGUUGCAAAGAAGAAGAAGAAGCAGAUAUAUAUGACUUUUCUGUGCACUAAUUAUGUCAGAUUUUCAACUACUAAGCUCAGAUCUCUUAUGCAGAGAAAAGUUGGAAGGACUAUUUGGAAUCUCUUGGUCACGGUCUUAUGUAUUUUUUUCUAGGAAGUUAUAUAUAUGCUUACAGCCUUACUUUACCCAAUAUUUAUAAUUUGAUACAUUUACCUCCUAUCCCUAGAUUUCUCUUCCUAAUAUGUCUUGUCAAGGCCUUCAUGCACGUACCAUAAAGGAAAAUUAUGACAAGAUCAGUGAAAAGAGAAAGCUUACACCUGUUGAGGUAAUAGUUACUGAUAUAUUUACAGUUGUAUUGAAAAAUACAGCUUAUACUCGGAUAUUUUCUUAUUAAGAACUAUUGGUUUACCUAUAUAUUUGCAGGGUAUUAGUUUACCAAUGCAUUUGAUUGGAAAAUUUUGAAUUAUUGAUUGUUUGACUCUAAUUCGACCUCUAAACCAAGAGUAAGUAACAUCUGUUUUAAGAGUUUGCCAUCUGGCAAAAGACCAAGAGACAAAAAAAAGAAUAAAAUUGUUCACAUAACUCUAGUGCUUUCUACGAUCGUGGAACAGUAGCACAUUAAAUGCCAAAUCGUGGUCGAAUUAUGUUGAACAUGGCAAACACUAUGAUUGGAUCUAUGAUGUGUGGACCUUGCAACAGAAUAUAUGUUUUGUUAACAUUUCUUUGUAAAUAUUCUAGUUCAUGAAGACUUUUUUUUAUUAAGUGUUGUGAGAAGGGUUGUACUGCUGACAUCAGCAAUUAGUUUUUUGUUAGUCAUAGAGUGUAUGAGUGAAUGGUAUUUAUAGAGUAAAAUUUUACUCUGAAUUUUUAUUUACUCCAUAUUCAACUAUAAAUUUAUCAAUUAAAAAUAAACAAUCAUCGUGUCAUGUUUACUCUGUGUCCUGUAGAAAAGGUGAAAAACCACUCUACAAUUUUACUCUUGGAUUUGUCAGAUAAAAUAUUUUAUUCUACUUUUCUAUUCUCUUUUCACUUCUUUUGUUUUACUCCAAAGUUGUAUAUUAAAAAUGGUAUUCAGUAUAUCUAUGGAAGGGAAAAGAGGUUGAUGCAUUUAUUAUCAUAGAACCCAAUGCAUUUGUUAUCAUAGAGCUGCAUUUAUGGGUCUUCAUUCAAAUAUUAUAAUUUUAAUUAAUUGAAAAAUUAAGUCCCAUUGAGAUAGUUGACAAAAAGGUCCCAUUGAGAUAUUAUAAAUUAGAUCAGAAUCUAGUCGUGUAUAUGAACCGAGAAAUAACCAAUAUUGAAAAGGUACAUAUGUUUUAUUUUCUUUUCUAUUUCUCUUUCCACUUCUUUUGUUUUACUCCAAAGUUGUUUAUUAAAAAUGGUAUUCAGUAAAUGUAGGAAGGAAACAGAGGUCGAUGCAUUUAUUAUCAUAAAACUUGAUGCAUUUAUUAUCAUAGAGCUGCAUUUAUGGGUCUUCGUUCAAAUAUUAUAAAUCUAAAUUAAUUGUGAAUUUAGGUCGCAUUGAGAUAGUUGACAAAUAAAAAGGUCCCAUUGAGAUAUUAUAAAUUAGAUCAGAAUCUAGUCAUGUAUAUGAACCGAGAAAUAAGCAAUAUUGAUAAGGUACAUAUAUUUAUAUAACCAAAAAUAAUCAUUAAUAUAAUUCAAGUCAGUUACUUUCAUCUGAAAAUAAUCAUGUAUACAAUUUACUUUCAAUAUUUCAUAUUCCAACUAUCUAAUUAUAUCUAAAUUUAUACUCAAAAUAAUUAAUAUAUUUAAUUUAUGAUUACUACAAAUACAAUUAUAAAUAAUAUUUUAAGAUAUAUAUAUGUAUAUAUAUACUUAUAUAUUUAUAUUUGAGAUAUUUUUGGAUAUUCAUUAGUUCUUGGGUUGAUAAGGUUUGAUACCGGUACAAGUUCUUAGGAUGAUAUAUCAAUAUAAGACUAGUUUAUUUAUGUUGGGUCAAAUCAGAUUCAGAACCUUAAUUGGAUUAGUUCCAACUCAAUUAUUUUUACAUAAAAAAAUCAGUCCAUUUAAAAUGCAUAUAUAAUUUAGGAUAUAUAUAUGUAAGUAACACUUUGUGAUUCUGGCUCUACCAGCUGUGAUUUUGGUACUAGGCUAAAAGCUAAGAAUGUGUGAUUUUGGAGUGAUAUUAAAGACUGAGGCUAAAAUGUUAAGUGGAUGGAUAUCCAAAAAGAGUAAGACUUCAUUGGGUUGACAAAAAAAAAGAGUAAGAGUUUUUUGUUCUUUUCCCCUUCUAACCCAAAACAUAUAGUAUAUCCCAAUGUGCCUCUGAUUAUGUGGCUUUAUCUGACACAUGUAUUUUCCACACUAAGAAAUUGUAUGUUACUUUUAUAUUUUGGAUAUUACAGACCAAAUAGCAGAAAAUAUGUCAAAAAAAAAAUUGAUCAACAUUCAAUAGCUUCUAAAAUUAUGAAUAUUUUUAUUGAAUAUUUUACUUAUUAAUCAGCUAAAAAUUGUAUAUAAUAUCAAGUUAAAAAUGUAGCACCAAAACAAGCUGACACGGCAUGCAAUCCAAGAUCAAUACAAAAGCAAACUAAAGAUUAGGAAUGAUCAACCAAAUAACUCCAUCCUUCGCAAUCGCUUUUAUCCAACGGCGAUGAAAAGGUAACAAGAGUCUUGAGCAAGGCCACGUCACCGUAUUAUAUGUUAGGUGAGAUAAUAAGAGAAGAAGUUGCAAAGAAUAAAAAGAAGCAGAUAUAGAAUAAUUUAGCAUAAGAUUUUUUUAUUAAUGUGUCGAGCUUUUUUUGUGCAUCAUAAAUCAAUUUCUCUUAUCGGAUCAGAUAUAUGACAAUCACUAUUUUUUAAAAAGGCAGUUCCAAUUGCUAAUUGCAAUUGUUCUGAUUUAAGAAAAGUUGUCUUAUUAACUUGAAAUAAUUAGUUUGGGAAAAUAUUUGAUUAAUCACAUAAUUUUGUGGACUUAUAGGAAAAAACAAAAAAAAAUGACUAAGUAAAAGUAGUUUGGAAGGGGUCUAGAAGUCAACCCUCUAAUUCUGAGUGUUUUGGACUCCUUUAAUUUCUAAUUAACCAGACAUUCCUUGGCAUUAGAUGUCAAAAUUUUUAUUUCUUGUGUUCAAACAAAUAAAAUGCUUCACUAACUUCUCAUCAGGUCAGAAUAAGUUAGUUUUAAAUAUGCUUGUGUAUUUUGGUUUAUAAUGUGCAUUUCUUAUGGUUCUAUUGAGUUUAUGAACGUCACUAGUGUUAGACUUAAACCCUUCUUUUGGUCUCAUGAUCUUAGAAUGUGUCAUAUCUUUUCGUUAGUCUAUAUUUGAUUGUGUAACCUCAUUAGAAUGGUGUAAGCGUGAGUUAUAUGUAGUUUCUUUUUCAUGUUUUCAUAUUUGAAAAUGUGAUUCUCUCGAAUAUAUUUUGAUAGUAAAUACACAAAAUGAUAAAUGUGGAUACUAACGUCUGUAUUGUUUAAUUAAACUAAGUAAGAAGUUUUAAUUUCAUAGCUUGUUAUAAUCAUAAUUUCGUUAUUGUUUAGUUUCUUUUACAAUUUCAGUUUUAGCUGAUUCAAUUUAUACAUUUUAUCAUUCUAAUUAUUUCCAUAUCUUGCAAUACCAAAAGUUCCAAAAGCUCCAAAGAGAAGCAUGCCACAUCAGCAUGGAAAUUCAGGUAAAUUAUAUGCUUUCAUUUUACCACAUCAGCUAUAUCAUUUUGUUUUUAAAUCUCCUUUUAAUAAUUGAGAUACAUAUGCCUUCUCCAUUUCUUCUCUUGCUGUUAAUGUAAAUUGUAAACCAAACGUCAAUUAACAACGGACAUAAUCUAGCUCAAUUAACCAAAUGUCAAUUAACAACCUCUGAAACAAUCAUACACAACCCCUUUCUCAAACAUCAAUUUCUUCUGGUUUACAUCUGAGGCAUAGUUCCAACGUGUCUUCCAGAACUUGCAAUCAACAACGGACAUUCCCUUUCUGGCUACUCCUUUUGCAGGCACCUUCGAUUUCAUGUCGAGAUGAUAUUGGUUACAAAAACUUAGCAGCUCCUCCAUGUCCGCUUCUUUGUUCCUCUCAUAAAUAACUUGAAGUUCUAGCUCCUCAGUAGAUAUUCAUGCUGCAAACUCAUCAUCAUGCCGCUUUCUCUCAGCUUCUGCUCUACUCUCCUCAACCUCAAGCUCAUCAUCAUGUUGCUUCCUCUCAUCUUCUGCUCUAGAAGAAGUUGCAAAGAAGAAGGAGAAGCAGAUAUAGGAUACUUUAGCAUAAGAUUUUUUAUUAAUGUGUCGAGCUUUUUUUGUGCAUCAUAAAUCAAUUUCUCUUAUUGGAUCAGAUAUAUGAUAAUUAUUAUUUAAAAAAAGGUAGUUCCAAUUGCUAAUUGCAUUUGUUCUGAUUUAAGAAAAUUUGUCUUAUUAACUUGAAAUAAUUAGUUUGGGAAAAUAUUUGAUUAAUCACAUAAUUUUGUGGACUUAUGGGAAAAAACAAAAAAAAAAUGACUAAGUAAAAGUAGUUUGGAAGGGGUCUAGAAGUCCACCAUCUAAUUCUGAGUGUUUUGGACUCCUUUAAUUUCUAAUCAACCAGACAUUCCUUGGCAUUAGAUGUCAAGAUUUUAUUUUUUUUGUGUUCAAACAAAUAAAAUGCUUCACUAACUUCUCAUCAGGUCAGAAUAAGUUAGUUUUAAAUAUGCUUGUGUAUUUUGGUUUAUAAUGUGCAUUUCUUAUGGUUCUAUUGAGUUUAUGAAAGUCACUAGUGUUAGACUUAAACUCUUCUUUUGGUCUCAUGAUCUUAGAAUGUGUCAUAUAUUUUCAUUAGUCUAUACUUGAUUGUGUAACCUCAUUAGAAUGGUGUAAGCGUGAGUGAUAUGUAGUUUCUUUUUCAUGUUUUCAUAUUUUGAAAAUGUGAUUCUCUCGAAUGUAUUAUUGUGAUAGUAAAUGCACAAAAUGGUAAAUGUGGAUACUAAUGUUUGUAUCAUUUAAUUAAAUUAAGUAAGAAGUUUUAAUUUCAUAGCUUGUUAUAAUCAUAAUUUCGUUAUUGUUUAGUUUCUCUUACAAUUUCAGUUUUAGCUGAUUCAGUUUAUACAUUUUAUCAUUCUAAUUAUUUUCAUAUCUUGCAAUACUAAAAGUUCCAAAAGCUCCAAAGAGAAGCAUGCCACAUCAGCAUGGAAAUUCAGGUAAAUUAUAUGCUUUUAUUUUACCACAUCAGCUAUAUCAUUUUGUUUUUAAAUCUCCUUUUAAUAAUUGAGAUACAUAUGCCUUAUCCAUUUCUUCUCUUGCUGUUAAUGUAAAUUGUAAACCAAACAUCAAUUAAUUUAUGGAACUAUGUAUUAACUUACUCUCUAAAUCUCUCCAAUGGUUUAUUUUCCUACUCCAUUCAUUUUGUUUUCUUCCUCACUCUAUUCGCCUUCUUAAAAAAUCACACCUUCCUCAUCAACUCCUGGAAAGCCACGGUUACCGGUCCUCCGCAGCAGAUAUCUUCUGCUAUAACCUAGAGAUUGGCCGCAGAUACCAACGACGCUGGAAACAGAGAUGUUAUUUUGUCCAUUUGCAUAGACUCUAUCGCGGAUUAUGUGCUGACAGGGUGUGUAAUCCCAAACGGGUCAAACCAAUCUUUACUAGCGGUUAUAUUUUCAGUAGGUUAUAUGAUAUUUGCCAAGGAUGAUGACUUUCACAAUCUGGCACAUAAACUUGAAGAUUUUGCUAGAAGUUUUAAAUCUCAAUUUCAAUCGCUGAAGGAAAACAGUUUCCAAGCUUUACUCGAUUUUCUCUUUUAGGCUUCAAUGAAAUCAGGUUUCUAGCAACAAUGGCAAUCGAGAAUCAAGAGAAGACAAUCCGCGUAAUCCAGCCUAAAAAGACAGUAAACAUGGUAUUUCAAACAACCUUUAUCUAGCAUGAUCUUUUUCUAUGUGCUAUGUUUGGUUUUAGCUUGAAGAAUCAGAACAAUGCACUUUUAAAAAUGUUUUCAUCUUGGAUUGACUCUGCAAGUAAUUUACUUUAUUUUGUGUCACGAAUUGGUUCAUUAUGCUUUUCUAUUACAUACCAAUCUUAUACUUUUGAACCCUCAGUAUUCCGGAGAAAUAGUGAGCAGGAAUUAUAACAUUUAUGGGGUUUAAUAUGAAGGCAAGAACAACAAAGCAUAAGAGAUAAUCUGGAAUAUUAAUUGGUGACUUUUCUGUGCACUAAUUAUGUCAGAUUUUCAACUACUAAACUGAGAUCUCUUAUGCAGAGAAAAGUUGGAAGGACUAUUUGGAAUCUCUUGGUCAUGGUCUUAUGUAUUUUCUUCUAGGAAGUUAUAUAUAUGCUUACAGCCUUACUUUACCCAAUAUUUAUAAGGGAGAAUUAGCAAAAAGAAACACUUUGAAUUUUUGUUUGUCUAAAUUGGAUUUUUCAUACAUUUGGUCAUUUUGGACAAGUUUUACCUUUUGGAAUUGAAAAAAUAGUAAACUAAGUUUUAAAAAUUGGGAAAAAUAUGUAAACCAUUGGAAACAUUAGCAUGACAAUUUAUAUAUUUAAAUUUUAUUUUUAAAAAUAGUGGACUUAUGUUUUAUUUAAUGUUCUAGCACGUAUAUAAUACUCAUUCUAGCCAUCUACCUAGUCUACAAAUCGUAUAGUAAGUAUUACACACAUAUUUAUCAUGGGUAGAGAAUACAAACAAACAUUUCUUCUAUAUUCUACUAGAGCUAGAUUAUGUCAACUAGUAUUCUAACAAGAUGUCUUUAGUCUACUUGUUCUUUUAUUACAACUUAUAACCUCGACUCUGUGAAAUACCUUUAUUUUUUUAUGUGUCAUAACCUUUUCUACCUUUUACGUUAUCAUACGCGUAGGGAAGAAUAAACCCCGUACCCUCUCUUUAAUCCUCUGCUAUACGUAGAAUACAUAUUAUAGGGAAAUCACAAAAAAUAUGGAAACUUCCCUAUUUCGAUAAAAAUCUUUCCUGAAUCUAAACUAAAUAUAUCAUAAAUCUCUCAUAGUAUCUUCUUUCAGAAAUAAAAAAAAAAAAAUCAUAAAACUGCUUUUUCCUUCACUCGAACCCGAGUUAUUUAAUAGAAAAAUACACACGCAAGCCACUAGACCACACAUAAUUUACACUACUUUGAUAUGUACACCAGUUUAUAUACUAUCAAGUAUAAUAAAAAUCUUAAAAUUGAUCCUUUAUUAAUCCACAAUCAAUUUCUGACUUUUGUAUAUUUUGAAUUUCAUAUGACAGGUCAAAAGUGCACGUUUGGAAGUUUAAAGCAAAAUCAUAAGGACAUUUUUGUAAAUUUAGAAGAUUGGGGCAAACAUUACACAGAAAAUUCAUGGACCAAAGCUGAAAAUAGGAAUACUGACUGGUCUAGAUUGAACAACUGAAAGUUUUGGAAUUGAUUUGAGGAGCAAUAUGUACAAACAGAAAGUUAUGGGACAAAUCCGUGAUUAGUCAAAAGUUUGAGGACCUGUCUUGCAAAAUUACCCAAACUUGCCAUUGUUGCUUUCCGAGAAGCUUUCCUUCGAUCCGCGACGGCAAGGGAUGAUUCCAAUGUAACAGAGACAGUGGAGUGAAGCAGAGAGCACGACGAGAUUGGAGCCUUCGGAUAUGAGACGGAGGAGCGACAUCACGAGUUGAAGCCGUGGAGGAAGCUUGGUCGCAGCGAUUGGAACAGAGCAUGACCACAAAAUUGACGAGACGAACAGAACAGAGCACGGUGGUGAGAAGCUAAAGAGGACGACCUCUGGUCGGGAUGAGCAAUAUCUCUUCAGUGGAUGUUUCAUUUCUUUAUGUUUUUCCUUUUUUCCUUUUUAAUAAAACUUAAAUCAA